AACCUUACUUGUUCACAAGACAUCCUCUACAUUGCAAACAUCUUUUAAUCAUGAAUUUCGAUACGUUCCAUAAUAUAAUUGCAGGCCAGCAUCGCAGUGCUCGGGAAACCAGCUCGGGCGUGAACCCGCUGGAUCGUUCCUCUUUGUGGCCUGCCCCAGUCGCUACCGCAAAUGACGUUGAAGAAGCUGUUCGCUCUGCACAAGAAGCAUUUCCCGCGUGGUCCCAAAAGACCUACAAGCAGCGUACGGAGCUACUGGAGAAGUUCGCUGAUCUCUAUCUUGCCCACGCUAACGAAUUCUGCCAAUUGAUCGCGACUGAGUGCGGAAGAACAGUGAGAUGCAUAUUUUCACCUCAGAGGACAGUUACACGCUGAUGCAGAAGCUAGGCUGGGAAUGCAGCAAUAGAAGUGUAUUUCGCUGCGCAAUGGCUACGAUAUCCGUGUUUGUUUCAACAGACCUUCUCAGUAGCCGCAUGCGAUGCUAACCAGAACAGCAAAAUAUGAAAUUUCCCAAGAAAUUACGGAAGAUGACAAGAAAACAUCAAUUGUUACUCAGGAACCUCUUGGAGUUGUUGCUGCUAUCUGCCCUUGGAACUUUCCCUUGAUGCUCGCUUUGGGAAAGAUCGCACCUGCUCUGGCUACGGGAAACUGUGUCAUCCUCAAACCAUCCCCCUUCACUCCAUAUUCGAGUUUGAAGCUUGUAGAACUAGCUCAGCAAGUAUUUCCUCCGUCAGUUCUUCAAGUUCUUCAUGGCCACGAUGAUCUGGGCCCUAUGCUUGUCAAGCAUUCUCGAAUUCAGAAGAUCACUUUUACGGGGUCUACUGCUACUGGAAAACAGAUCCUCAGAGAUGCAGCUGAGACAAUGAAGAGAGUAACCCUCGAAACUGCUGGCAAUAAUGCCUCCAUUAUCCUGCCAGAUGUCAACAUCAAAGCUGUUAUUCCCCAAUUAGCAGGAGGUCUGUGGUUCAACGCUGGUCAAGUCUGCAUAGCCACACGCCGCAUGUACAUCCACCAAGACAUCUUCGAGGAAGUCGUGGCUCAGCUCGCAGAAGCCUCAAAGGAUCUAACUUCCAGCAUCGAACCGAUCCAGAACGAGAUGCAGCUUGUUAGGCUCAAGCAAGCUCUCGCAGACGCAAACGCUGCUGGCUAUGAGCUGCUAUCGCUGGGUAAGACGGAGGCUGCCGAAGGAUUCUUCAUUCGGCCCACGAUUAUCAAGAACCCGCCGCCGGAUGCACAUGCCGUGCAACAGGAAAACUUUGGCCCCAUCGUGUCAUGCAUCAAGUUCUCAUCCCUCGAUGAAGCCAUAUUUUUAGCCAAUAAUAGCGACACUGGGCUAGCCGCAAGUGUGUGGAGUGGUGACAUUUCAGCCGCUAAGCGUGUAGCCGCAAAGCUAGAGGCCGGUAAUGUCUACAUCAACGGCCCGCCUCAGCCGGAUCCUUAUGUGCCGUUUGGAGGCCAGAAGCAGAGUGGAUUAGGUGUUGAGUAUGGACUGCCCGGGUUGUUAUCGUUCUGUCAGACAAAGUCUACGUAUGUGUACAAGUGAGAUAGAACCACCCCCAAGACUUGCAUCGAGGGGUACAUUUGUUCGAUCUACCCCUGCAGGCACUAGUUAGAAUGUUACGCCCUUUUGCAUCCCAGAUGCAGCAUCCUGAUAUUUGGUUCAUGGUAUGGAUACGCAAUAUGCAGCUUGGGAGGAUUACGCCGACAUGCACCUAUUGCUACGGUGCACUGAUCAGCUUAUUUGUUUCAUCUAGUCGUUGCAAAUCCUACCCAAAUAUGUACAUUCGUAAAAGACUUUUACCCACAUAACAACAAACA